AUGUUCGUCUUGCUAAUAUUGUCCCUGGCCCUCAUCGCCUACAUUUUUUUCGAGUUCAAAAAGGAGCUGAUCGAACUUUAUCAGCUCAACAGAAAAUGUGUGGUCAAUUUGAAGGUUUUUACCUAAUUUUUUUGUGGAAGAAGAAAUGUUCAAAGUUUUAGAAAUUAGAAGGUCCCCCACACUUGCCAAUAAUCGGCUCGGCACACCUUUUCAAGUGGAAUAAUUUGGGUAGGGAUUUUUGUCUAAAAAAAUGAUUUUUUUCUAUGUUUUUUUGAGUGCUUCCGAGCAAAUUCGGUCUGAAAAAAAUUAGAUAAGGCAAUUUUUUUACGUAAGAAAAAUUAGUAAAAAAAGGUACUUUCGAAUAUUUUUUUGAUAUUUACUGAUCUCUAUCGUUCCUACCGAAAUCGUAGUACACGUGGAAAAAUUGAAAUAACUUUUUUUUCGAAGAUAACGAAAAAAUUUUGUUAUUUUGGAACUUUUCUGAUUUUUCUCGUUUUUUUCAGACAUCAUAGCACUACGGGAAAAUACCAGAAAAAAAAUUGAAGUUUUUUUUUUCGAAGAAAAUGGUCUAAAAUAACCAAUACUUGCAAAUUUUGAAAUUUCAAUCCUUAUUUUCUUCAGGAAUUUUUUUUAAUAGAAAUAUUCGACUAGAAAAAGUUAUUUUAAUGCUGAUUUUCUGAUUUUUCCCCUGUAAUUUCGAAAACCUUGUCCUAGAAAAAAAAAUCAAAAGUCCGAAAAAAUGUUCCCGAUCUUUAACACCUUAUCAGAACUUGUAUCAACAUCAUCAUUUGAUUUGUCUACGUAGAUUUAUUUAUUUAUUUAUGACAUUGAUCAUGGUUUUUUUGAUCUGGAAAGGAACAAAAAAAUGUUUCAAAAAAAAUUUUUUGAUUUUUUUCAAGAAAGAUUCCUGUUCAGAAUUCACCCAGCAACUCGAAGAAUGGGGCAGAACUUAUUUAUUUGGAGUGGAUCCUUCGAAAUAUAGCGAUAAGGUUGGUUCAUACGGAAGAAAAUCACGGAAAAGUGGUUCUGAAAAAUGGCAAAAAUGAAGAAACCGUGGGUAGGAGUCGAACCAAAGAUCUCAUUUCAUACAUUUAUUGAUAUUAUCUAAGUUGAUUUUCUGGAUUUUUUUGAUAUUAGAUUCGAUAUUUUUUUGUCAUUUUGAAGCGAUAAAGCUGGUUUAUUCGAAAAAAAUCACGGAAAAAAACACGAAAUAUUCCGCUCAAAAAAAUGGCAAAAAAUGAAAAAAACCUUGGGUAGGAGUCGAACCAAAGACCUCAUUUCAACGAGUUAUCCAUUUCUAUUUUUCUUAAUUUUGCGUUUUUUUGAGUUUGAAAUUGAUUUUUUUGUCAUUCCAAAGCAAUGUCUUAUUAAAUUUUCAAUAUAAGCUUUUUUAAAAUCAUUUUUUUCUUAUGGAUAAAAAAAUGGCAAAAAAAUCCGAUGGGGAUUGAACCCGGAACCUUUAAGCAAAGACCGAUCACCUUAUCCACUGAUCCAACCUCAAAAUCCUUGAAAAUGAUAAAAAAAAGAUUUUUUUAGGACGACAAUGGAGCUCACUUCAAGGAAGGACACAUCGGAAUCAUGCCGGUUUGUUGUUUUUGUUUUGGUCGCAUUUGGAAUGGCUCAAAGCGUCGUGGUCGCGUUGCGGUUCGAAUCUGCUCGUUUUUAGCAGCUUUCUGUAAUUAUUUGUUAUGUCUGGGACUCGCUUUUUAGAUUGAGCCAUUCCAAACGCGACCUCCAUUUUUAGAUCAUAAAAUUCUUUGAAAAGGGAAGACUGGAAAACUCUUUAGUGGCCACUUAAAAGUUCCUAAAGGGUUUCUUGAAGAGGACACUAAAGUGAUCACUAAAAGCGCCUCUAUUGAAACCAGUAUUUCGCUCAAGGGACCACUAUGGUAGUCCCUUUCAAGUGACUACCAGUUCGGCUACUACAGUGGCCAGUCUAAACCCUAAAGGGACUACUAACUGAAAAUGAAUAAUUUGAACUUACAGGUUUGGAUCGGACCAGUACCAGUUGUGUUUCUCGGCACACAUGAAAGCAUUCGGGUUAGUUUUUUAUUUUGUUACCGUUUUGCCAUAUCGACUGGAUCUAGUGAUCACUUAAGAGGUUCCUUGAGGAUUUCUUAAAGAGGUCCCUGAAGUGGCCACUAAAACCACCCCCAUAAAAACUUCUUGAACUUUUAAUUCCACUAGAGAGGCUGGAAAAAACUCUAGUGGUCGCUUAAGAGGUCACUUCGGAUAGAACACUAAAGAGGCCACUAAACUGCUUCUAUAGAAGACCCUAUCUUGCUUCUAAGUGGCCACUAUAGUAGUUUUCACUGGCUCAGUACUACUGCUUAGACUUCUAAAGAGGCCACUAAAUUGUAGUCACUUAAGUUGUCCCUAAUGCGACCAUUAUAGUGGCCACUAAUACGUCAAAAACCUUAAAUAGUCACUAAAAUUUUAUUUAUUAACGAAAAAUCAUUGAAAGUGCGCUCUAGCGAACAAACGCCUCUGAGUGGCUGGUCCUUUGAUUUUUUUAAAUUUUCGAGUCAGUUUUUUUUAAAGUUUUUUUACGUGAUGUAUUGACUACAUUGAGAAUUGCGAAAAAUUCCAAAAAAAUGUUGAUUUUUAGCCAGUCCUCGAGAGCACUGUGAACAUCUCGAAGCCGGCUCAAUACAACAAAAAUUACGGAAUGGAUCGGUUCGGGGCUUCUGACAAGGUACUUGGAACUCAAAAAAAGGGGGGGGAGAAGAGUGUUCGGAAGGGAGGGGGCAGGGGGAGAUGGCUUCAAAUGCAGUUCUUAUUAGACAAAGUUGAAGUGAAUUUUUUUGAUUCAUUGACAGAUUUUUAAAGAAAGACGAAGCCAGGAGUGGUCCCGAGAGUGGCAACUUAGCAACCCGAGAGGUUUCCCCUCAAGGGACCACUUUACCUCCCUUGUAGAUGCCACUACAGCUUGUAGAAGUGGCUCCCAAGGAGCGCUAUUUCGACCCCUCUAGGGACCACUCUAGUUUCCUUGAACCUUUCCUGAACAACACCGAAAAGAUUACUUCAGCACCCACGAAAAAUGGUUCCAACGUCGGAAAAUGCUCACCCCGGCGUUCCAUUUCAACGUCCUUCAGAAUUAUUAUCCGAUUUUCGUCACCCAGGGCGAAGUUUCUUUUUUUCUAGCUUUUAUAUUCAAUUUUGAAUUUCAAGAUCUUGACCGACAUGCUGGAGAAGCAUUGCGGCGAGGAAGAUUUCUUCGAUUGCUUUGGGUACGUCAAAAGAUGCGCCCUGGACAUUAUCUGUGGUGAGUUACUCGGGAAGAAGGCCGAGUGGUCACUUCAGGGUUUUUCAUGAUUUUUGCCCUGUAGAGUUUGAAAAAGAGUAUUGCCGCUAAAAGACUAGGACACAGUAGAAAAAAUGGCCUUCGAUAUAAAUUCUUGGGAGUAACUCGAGAGAAUGGCCAAGAGGCCACUUUAGUGGUUUUUGCAGAUUUUUGCGCUGCUGCUGUAGAGCUUUAAAAAAGAGUAUUUUCGCUAAACUAGGACUCACCUGGUCAGUGGAAAAAACGGCUUUUGAGAUAUAUUUUGGGAGUUACUUUGGAGGAUCGCCAAGGGGUCACUUUAGUGUUUUCCAUGAAUUUCGCGUUGUAGAGAAUUUUCGUGAGAAAAAUUGAAUUGUGGUGAGUUACGCGGAAAAAAUGGCCAAGUGGUCAUUUUAGUGUUUUUACGAUUUUUUGCGUUAUAGAGAUUUUUAGUAAGGAAAAUGAAGUAAGUGGAAGAAAUCCUGACGGAAAACUUGAAAAAUAAUCAGAACAGGGAAACUUUGAAGUGGCCCUUAUAGGGAGGGUAACAGGAACCCCUAUGCUGUCCCUAUGGAAUGCCCUAAAACUGUCUUAGGGGCCCUUGUUGUCGCUGGACUCCAAGUGAUCACUAUAGGGUUGUAAAAUAAUCGGUUAAAAAACCCUUUUCUAUUAAUAAUUCAUGAACCCUAUAGGGGCCCCUAAAGCUUUAUGGUUCUUUUUUGGCCCUUCAGAAAUCCCUAUAGUGGCCUUUAAACAACAAAUUCCUAUAGGGACCCCUCCAAAGUACCUCAGUGAGAACUGAAUAUUUGGGCGGUGGUAGAAAUAGUAGAAUCAGUACUUUUUUGUUUUUGUUUUGAGAUUUUGUGGUUAGAUAGAAUCAGUGAAGCCAUGUUGAAAUAUAAAUUUUCUAUUUCCUUAAAAAAAUCUGCAAAAAAAGUCGAAAGUUGUGCGCUCUGAGGCUAAUUUAACUGAUUCGAUUUCAGUUCUUGGUUUUUGAAAAAAAUUGCAUUUUUCCAGUUUCUUUUUUUCUCACGGCUUUUUUUGUACAGAAAUCGCGUUUUGAGCGAAUUUUUCGUCCUGAAUUUUUUUAGGUUACGGUAGGCGAAAAAUUGUGCAAAACUGCUUACGGUAGGUGUAAAAUCUGCGACCAGCUUAACAUUCCGAUUAAAAAUUCCGUUUUGAAAUUUAUAAAAAUUCCUAAUGAAUUUAAUCGAAUUAUUAGGUUAAGCGAUUCAAAAAAAUCAUAAAAAAAGCAUUAUUAAAAAAAUAUAUAGAAUUGAUUUUUCAUUCUCACCUCAGAAGACUUUGUUAAUAAGAAUAAUAUUCUCAACGUUUUCAUAAAUAAAUUUCCAGAAACAGCAAUGGGAACUCAAGUCAACGCCCAAAUCGGCGAAAAUAACACCUAUGUGAAGGCCGUCGAACGUGUCAGCGAGAUCAUUUGGGAUCAUGAGAGGUUUUUUUCUUCGUUUAUUCCACUUUACAGAUUCAAAAAUUGUAGAUAAAGUAAGAAUUGUUGAGAUUUUUCAAUAACAACCCUUUGCAAUCCGGAAAACUUCCAAAAAAAUUAAAUUUUUUAUGAAUAGACUAUAAAAAGUGCCUCUCUGACCUGUCUGCGUCUCUUUUCUCUCACAAGUUAGAGAAAAAUGAAAAUAGCAUGUCAAAUUGAGAGAGAAGAGGGCGCAGAGAAAAGCGAUUUUUUACAGAUUCCCCUGGUAUUGGCUGAAGCCAAUCUGGUACCUUUCUGGAAUGGGACACGAAUUUCAUCGCAAUGUAAAGCUGACCACAGAUUUCACGCGUACCGUAAGUUAUUUUGCACAAUUUUCGCCUACCGUAACCUAAAAAUCCACUACCAAACGUCAUUUCUGUAGAAAAAAGCCGUGAGAAAAUCGCUUUAAAGCUUAAAAAUCGUUUUUUUUUCAAAGGGGCAAAGAAUUGAAAUCGAUUUUUCAACUCUCAGUGAAAUUAGCGUCAGAGCGCACAAGCUUUUUUUUGGAAAGACAAGUUUUUUUAAAAAUCAUGACUUUGCUGUUUCUACCUCAACUUAAAAUCUCAAAACAAAUAUCUUUAGCUGUUUCUUCAUCACUCAAAUUUUAAGAUCUCGUUGAGGAAUUUUGAAGGGGUCACUAUAGGGUUUUGUUUUUUUUAGGGAAAAAUUUUAAUUUAUCUUAAAGAUCACAUUUGUAGUGCCCAUUAUAGGGCUUUCAGAACGGUCCAUUGGAACCCUAAAGCUUCAGUGCUCCCUAUAGGGUUCAAAUAUUACGAAGAGCUGGAAGAUUUUUCAAGCCUAUAGGGAUCACUUUGAGUUCUUACGAUAGCGUUUUAGGGGUCCCUAUAGGGUCAUCUUUGGAGUCGCUAUUACACCCCUGUAAUGCCCCCUUCAAAGUUUCACAGCCUUGGAAAAGUCGUAUAAAAAGACCAUGAAUGAGAAAAUUUGAAGUGGCCCCUAAAGGGACUGUUAUAGGGACCCUUUAAGGCACCCCGAAAGGGACCCCUACGCAGUUUUGACCCCUAGAGGGACCAUAACAUUUCCCCCCUAAAGUGAUCCCUAAAGCAAUGAUACCCUAUAGGGACCCCUCCGAAAUCCCUCAGUGACUUUAAUUUUCCAGGUGAUCGCCGAGCGGAAAGCCGCCCUAAAAGAGAUGGAUGAUCCAUUGAACGACGUAAAAAAUGGCUCGAAAAUGGCCUUCCUGGACUUGAUGCUGAAAAUGCAGGAGGAGAAUCAGCUGACCGACGAGGAUAUCCGGGAAGAAGUCGACACUUUUAUGUUUGAAGGCGAGUAUUGCUCAUUCUAGAGGAGGAAAAGGGGCGGGGCUUAACCAACAAUCAGUUUUCCACAAGAAUCGUGACAGCUUUGUGUUGCUUUAUAUUGCUCAUGUUUGGCGGGAAAGAACGGAAUUCUUAUGUAAAAACUUUGUAGAAACCUUUUAUGAUUCGUAUUUCUCUCUGUUGCUUCUUGUUGCUCAUGUUAGAACGAAGAAAAAAAAGCUUAUUUUGUGUCAGGUGAGUUCCCAGGAAAACACAACUUUCUAUGACUCUUUACAGCCUUGUAUUGCGUUAUAUUGCUCAUGUUAGAACGGAGAAAGAAGCUUAUUUUGUUUCAAUAAAAGUCCUCAGGAACUCUUAUAAGUUUUUCAUGACUUAUUAUAGCUUUUUGUUGCUUUUUAUUGCUCAUGUUAGUUCGGAAAAUAGAAGAGUCAGUCUGUAACAGCCAUGCUUCCAGCAAAACGUUUUUGGCUUCACCUUUUCUUAUUGCUCAUGUUAGCUCAGUCUUACAGGACAUGACACGACGGCGAGCAGCAUGGGCUUCACGAUGAUGUGGCUUGGACUUUUCCCAGAAUGCCAGAAAAAGCUUCAUGAGGAGCUUGACUCGGUCUUUGGUAGGUCUCAAGUUCGAGCCCCGUCCAGGGCGAAAUCUUUUUUGCCAUUUUGAAAUUGGGCAGAUCUGAUCGAUAAAAUAGUUUUAAGCAUAAUUUUAUAAUAAUUGAAGGUUUUGGUUAGUGAUAGAAAGGUUCCUGGUUCAAUCCCAUGAAGUAAAUUGUAUUUUUUGCCAUUUUCAGGCGAUUCCGACCGGCCACCAACGAUGGACGACAUCAAGAAGUUGGUCUACCUGGAGAAGUGCAUAAAGGUGGAGCCAAGUGACCCCUUGAGUGAAAUUAAUGACGAGUUUUUCAGGAAGCCCUUCGUCUCUUCCCGUCGGUUCCCAUCAUUGCCCGACGCUUGUCAGAAGACUGUUUUAUUGGUAAAUUGACCGCGACGCGACCGCGAAUGCACUUGAAACCAUUCCAGAUCAUCCACGACAUGGGAAAAUCUGCCUUCCGUCGGGACUUACGGUGGCGGUGGCGCCUUUGGCCACUUCUAGGGAUCCUCGGUUCGUUAGAAAAUGAUUUUCUCAUUCAUUGAAAAUCCUGCGUAUAAAUAACCCUACAGUUUUGGAAAUUCAAUGAAAAUAGCUUUUUAGAAAUUUUUCUUGGUGACUUGUAUUGGAUUCUCAAGUUCUAAAAGAAAAAGUGGUCCCUAUAGGGGUUUAGAGUCUGAUCCCUUAGCCCCUAAAGUUCAAGUGGACCCUAUAGGGGUCUCUCAAGGUCUCUCAAAACGCUUAUUUAGUCAGUAUUUCCCAUGGAAAAGCUUAGAGUACAUGACAAUUUUCGACUAGCAUGUCCCUAUAGGGGCCACUAACUAAACCCCCCCUAUAAGGACCACUUUCGCAAGCUUUAGUGACCUCUAUUUGGGUUGGAAAAGUGAUCCCUAGAAGGACCCCUAUAGGGACCACUCUGGAGUUCCCAAGAGCCGCCCUUGACUCUAGUUGGAUGCGUGGUGUAGUGGCUAAAGCGGUUAACUGUAGUGGCGGAGUCCAGGGUUCGAACCCUCUUGAGGAAAUUUAUUUUUUUUUGCCAACGGUUUUCCUAGUGUCUCUUCUUCCACGGAAGUCAUAAAAUACAUUUUAAGCUUUUAAAAAAAUAUCUAGGUACUACGAGAAGCCGGACGAGUUCAACCCGGAGCAUUUCAACGCCGACCAAGUCUCCAAACGCGAUCCCUACACCUAUAUUCCAUUUUCGGCCGGUUCUCGGAACUGUAUAGGUCAAUUUUUCAUUGAACUUUGAAUUUUCAACUCAAUUUCAGGCCAAAAAUUCGCGAUAACCGAAGAAAAAGUCGUCCUUUCGUGGGUUUUUCGCAGAUUCUCCGUCGAAUCCGAGAACAGUUAUGAGAAUUUGCGCCCGGUACCCGAAUUGAUCCUGAGACCGAGCAAUGGGAUCAAAAUCAAGAUCAAGAAAAGAGAAUUUUGA